AUGUCCUCAACUAAUCAACAAAGACCAGGUAAUCCUAACAGACAACCACGUUCGAGUUCUUCAAGGCAAACAAGUCAGAAUAAUCCACAACGUCGACAUAAUCUUGGUGUAGGAAUAAGACAACAAUCCGGAGAGAUCAAUAACCUUACUAGACCACCAUUUCCAAACGCAUUGAGAGCACAAAACAUUUUAGUGAGACCUCCUACCCCAAUUAUUACUCCACCUGUUGUUAAUAUAAGUGAGAUCAAUAUCCCGAGGCAAGCGACACAAAGUGCUUCACUUGUUACAUCCACAAUUCAAAUGAAUAAUAAUAUUUAUCCUCGUCAAGAUCCCACUUCCUUAUCAUCGGAAGCAGGAAAUACUUUGUUUCCUUUAUCCACCUCUCAUGACGCGUUGAAAAAAAAAUCAUCUCAUGAUUUUCAUGAUAAUCAAGCCACAACGAAUAAACGUAAACAAUUUCAUGAUACACAUAAUCGUAAAAAAUUAUUCUUAAAAUACAAAUCAUCCACCAACGCCACUACCACUUCACAAUCCGGAUCAAAAUCAACGGAUGCAAUAUUAAAAUCGAUUUCGGAUAAUUUCGAAAAUGAUUAUGAAAAUCAACUUCUGGAAUUAGAUAAACUUUUAAAGAAAAAUUGGAAAGAGUUGACUUAUUAUC